UGUCCUCUCGUCUGAGACACGUGGACCUGAGUAACAACGACCUGCAGGAUCCAGGAGUGAAGCUGCUGUGUGAUGGACUGAAGAGUCCUCACUGUUCUCUGGAGACUCUCAGUCUGUCAGGUUGUCUGGUCUCAGAAGAAGGAUGUUCUUCUCUGACCUCAGCUCUGACCUCCAACCCCUCCCAUCUCAGAGAACUGGACCUGAGCUACAAUCAUCCAGGAGACUCAGGAAAGAAGCUGCUGUCUGCUGGACUGAAGAGUCCUCACUGGAGACUGGACACUCUCAGGAUGGACCAUGCUGGAGAGCAGUGGUUAAAACCUGGUCUCAGGAAGUAUUCAUGUGAACUGGAACUGGACACAAACACAAUGAACAGAAACCUCAAACUGUCUGACGACAACAGGAAAGUGACCUGUGUGACAGAAGAUCAGUCGUAUCCUGAUCAUCCAGACAGAUUUGAGUUCUGGUCUCAGCUGCUGUGUAGACCUGGUCUGACUGGUCGCUGUUACUGGGAGGUCGAGUGGAGAGGAACUGUUUAUAUAUCACUGAGUUACAGAGGAAUCAAGAGGAAAGUCAACAGUUCUGACUGUGUGUUUGGAGAUAAUGAUCAGUCCUGGAGUCUGAUCUGCUCUGAUGUUUAUGGUCACUUUGUCCGUCACUGUGGGACACGAACACCCAUCAUGUCCUCUGUCUCUCACAGAGUAUCAGUGUAUGUGGACUGUCCUGCUGGGACUCUGUCCUUCUACAGCGUCUCCUCUGACUCACUGAUCCACCUCCACACCUUCAGGACCACAUUCACUGAACCGGUUUAUCCUGGGUUCUGGGUCUGGCAUGGUUCCUCAGUGUCUCUGUGUCCUCUGUAGGACAUGAAGAGACAGCAGCUUCAGUGGUGGACGAGGUCAAAGCUCGUCUCAGUCAUUCUUUGUUGAAACCAUCAAUAAAUAAAGACUUAAAAAAUCAA